UGGGGGGCGACACUGAGCGAACUCAAGAGGAGACUUGAGGAGAGAGAGAGAGAGAAGACACUGAAGGAGAUGAGGAGGGCGAUGGAACAGAUGAAGAUAUCAGUGGAACAAGAGGUACAAAAAAAUGAGAAGUGCUUCACUGAUCUGAUCCACUGCAUUGAAGAAGUUCGGAAGAAUUUGGUUGGGAGGAUCAGAGAACAUGAGAACCAACAAAUAGAGAAGGCUGAAGGAGUCAUAGAGCAGAUAGAGAUGGAGAUGGAGGAGCUGAAGAAGAGAGAUGCUGAGCUGAAGGAGCUUUCAAAGAUGAACAAUGACAUCUACUUUCUGCAGAAUUUCAAAUCUCUCUGUGUCCCUCCUACUGAUGGAGACUCACUCCACUUCGACAACAAUGCUAAUUUAUUUUCUGAGGAUCUGAGAAAGGAGCUGUCAGGUCUGAAAAAGAGUCUGGAGAAGGUCAGCCAGUGGGACGUCGUGGCAUUGACUCCAUCAGGUCAUGAAGCUCCAGUUCUCAUCCUCCAGUCUCCUGACCCUCGGAACAGAGACGAGAUUUUAAAAUACUUCUUUCCACUCACACUGGACAUCGACACGGCACACAGAGAGCUCCGUCUGUCUGGAGGGAACAAGAAGGUGACACGCAAAAAGUCAAAACUCAAAUAUCCUGAACAUCCCGACAGAUUUGACCUCUGGGCCCAAGUUCUGUGCAGAGAAGCUCUGACUGAGACUCGCUGUUACUGGGAGCUGCAGUGCACUGGACGCUGGAUGGACAUCGGAGUCGCAUAUAAAGGACUGGGCAGGAAAGGAAAGGGCGAUGAGUGCCGCCUUGGAAAUAACGACAAGUCCUGGAGUCUGCGGUGGUCUAAUUCCCAGUACUCUGCACAUCAUAAUAACAUGAGCACUGACAUCAGGGCCCCACACAGCCUCAAAUUAGGUGUGUAUCUGGAUUGGUCUGCUGGCAUUCUGUCGUUUUAUAGCGCCUCACCCACGUUGACCCUCCUGCACACGUUCAGCACCUCCUUCACUGAGCCCCUCUAUCCAGGGUUUGGGAUUCAUUAUGGAUCCAACAUAACAAUCUUGCCAUCUGACACCAUGUGACCGCUGACCAGUACCCUCCACCAGAUGCCCCCCUCAAGUGCGCGUCCUCUUUGUGUUUGAAGCUUUGUGGUCAAUUUGAAUUUU